AUGGCAACUCCCACAGACACCGCCCUCUUAACCACCAACAGCGAAACGCUUGCGCCGCUCCUCCCAAUCCUCAACGCCUUUGCCCAUCGCCACAAGAACCAGCACUCUUCUACACAUUGGUGGUCUUCAUUUUCUGUACUGCGCCGCGCAGUCCGGAACCUGGCCGGCGACCUUGUCUUGCGUCCCAAGAAGACCAAACCUAGCAAUGCUAAGCGGGAAAGCCAUCCGGCUCUCGUGCGCGCAAAAUGGAUGAUGCGCCAUGUUGUUCCUGACGCAUUCGUUGCCUUCUCACAAUUAGCUGCCGAUAACCAGCAUGCGCCUCUGGGCCUACUCCUGCUAUCGAUCCUCGCUCGCGUCAACACUAUAAUAUCCCACCUUGUUCCCACCGGUCACAACCACGAGCCUUCGGCCUCUGCUAUCACGAAACCAAUACUCACGAAUUCAAAAAGAUCUAUCCCAUCAGAUUCAGCAGUACAAGAGGCUCCAAGUCCCACACUAGAUAUGGGUGUAGCCAUUUCGCGUGACGAGCUGCUUCUGUCUCGGAGGACAAUGCCAGAAUCAGAUACACGCUUGAAGGAUCAGAAACCCAAGGAACGCAAGUCCAAGAUUGUGCAUACAGAGACCCAUACACACUCAUCAAGAGGCGAUGUCAAAGAUAGGCCGAAGAAGAAGAAGAAGAAGGGUGGCGACGCACUGUCUAGUCUAUUCGGCUCACUUUAG